UAGAAAAUCAAGUGAAGCAUGGGUGACUGGAGCUCUCUAGGGCGGCUGCUGGAGAACGCUCAAGAACACUCCACUGUGAUUGGAAAGGUUUGGUUGACGGUCCUCUUCAUUUUCCGCAUCUUGGUGCUGGGCACAGCAGCUGAAGACGUUUGGGGAGACGAGCAGUCGGACUUCACCUGUAACACACAGCAGCCUGGUUGCGAGAAUGUUUGCUACGACGAGGCCUUCCCCAUCUCCCACAUCCGUUUCUGGGUGCUGCAGAUCAUCUUCGUCUCCACGCCCACUCUCAUUUACUUGGGCCAUGUGCUACACAUUGUUCGCAUGGAGGAGAAGAGGAGGGAGAGGGAGGAAGAGCUCAGAAAGAUCGGACGGCAGCAGGAGGAAAUCCGUGAUGAGCAUGGAAAGAUCCGGAUCCGCGGGGCAUUACUGAGGACCUACAUCUUUAACAUCAUCUUCAAGACUCUGUUUGAGGUGGGCUUCAUCUUGGGACAGUACUUCCUCUAUGGGUUCCACCUGAGGCCGCUCUAUAAAUGCAGCCGCUGGCCCUGCCCCAAUACUGUGGACUGCUUCAUCUCAAGGCCCACUGAAAAGACAAUCUUCAUCAUCUUCAUGCUGGUAGUUGCAUGUGUUUCUUUGGUCCUCAACCUGCUGGAGAUCUACCACCUGGGCUGGAAGAAAGUCAAGCAGGGGGUCAGUAAUGAGUGUGUUCCUGACACUGAGUCACUGCUGGGUGCAGAUGAGCCUGGAGAUGCAGAGACGAUUCCUGAGCUGACCUUUCCGUCAGCUCUCGACUGCUUGCCAGGGUAUGCUAAUAUGGGUAGCAGAGCAACCGGGGGAGGAGCUUACAAUCCAACUGAGGCCUCCCCUACAGUAAUCUCCUCAAACCCUAACUUGGCCACUGCCCCAGCGCCUGUGGGACUCAAGAUGGAUGGCGCUGCUUUCCAUCAAGAUGACUUCCUUUUGGAGGUGCUGCCUGCUUCUUUUUAUGGUAACGGUGAGAAAAUGAUUGUUGGAAGCCAUGGACACCCAGCGGAGAUGGAGCAGAACUGGAACAACAUGGCUCUGGAGCUCCAAAGUCUGAGUGGAAAAACCUCAUCCUCUUCUUCAUAUCCUCCUCCUCUUCCCUCUAGUCCUGCCUCUGUCUCUUCCUCUUUACCUCAGGAGGAGAUGAUACUUCCACAUGAGAAGCAGCACUCCAUGUUCCCCACACUCCCUCGGAAUACCCCUCUUUCUCCAAUCGCACCAGAGGAAACGGUGGAUGAAGAAACCACCAUGGCCGCAGCACCUUGCAUGGUUCCACAACAUGACUUCACAGUGGUAACCACUGUGGAGAUGCAUCAGCCUCCUUCUGCAGGGACUGAGAUCAGGAAGCCAAGUCGGGCCAGCAGGAGCGUCAGCACACGAGCUCGUCCUGAUGAUCUGGAAGUGUAGCUAAAAUUUUCAAUGAAGAGAGGGAUGCACAGUGCAGAUGACUAGAGGACAGCAAUAAAUCAGGCCCACCCUGAGAUGUAGCCCACAGACUCCUCGGGCUUUGUGUCCGUUCAGGUAUCUUCAUCUUGUUUCAGUGUUUACAAAAGGACAUCUCUCCAGAUACAUCAGGGUUAAACAAUAUAAAUGUGUAAAUAUAUAAAUGAUU